CCACAAAACAAAAAGAGAAGGAGCAUGGAGAGGAAGGACAUGGGCAUGAAUGACAUCCUCCCUCCGGAGCUCAUUCACCGAAUCUUUCUAAGGGUACCCGCCAAAGACUUGUUUCGCCUCAGAUUCGUUUCAAAACUUUGGCACUCUCUCAUAUCCGAUGGACACUUUGCGGAAUCGCAUUACAACCUCUACUCUGCCGCAUCUUCCCAUUCGUACUACUUCUUGGUACAUGACUAUACUAAAGCUUGCUUUGUUCAGCUCCACACGCUAUUUGAUGUUCCAGCAGCACCAACAACACUCAAAGAGGUAUCUCUCCCUCCCAAGAAGAACUCAUUUCUCGUUCUCGUCUCAUGGGAUCCUGCAGAGGCUUUCUUCUCUUCAACGAGCAACCACAUUUUCUUGUUAUAUGGAACCCACUGACUGGAUCCAGCAAAACAAUAUCCUACUCUCAUAUCGUUUCUCGUAUUAAGAUCCCUCUCGUUAUUAAUCCCGAUCAUAAAGUUCCAUAUGGAUUUGGUUUCGAUGCAUCACGUGAUGACUAUUUAGUAGUUCUAUCUUGGCCUGAUAACUACAACCAACACCACUUAGAUUGCUUUUCAUUGAGGACCAAUUCAUGGAUUAAUCUCGAUGCAGCGCUCCCCAAAUCCAUGGGCACGUGGAAGCAGCAAUUUUAUGGGUUGUUCUUACAUGGCGCUAUUCAUUGGUUGUGUUACUCUAGUCAAGAUUACAUUGAUGAUGCUAUUCUUAUCUUUGAUUUGAAGGAAAGGAGUUUCUCAAAGAUAUCUAUGCCAAAACAACUCGUAGGGUGUUCUCCCAUCAAUCUCACCAUAUUAGGAGGGUGCCUAGCCCUGUAUUGGUAUCACGACGAUAUAACUGAGAUAUGGGUUAUGAAAGAAUAUAAAGUGCCGUCAUCUUGGAUUUUAAUAUGUGAGAUUCCUUGUGGUAAUUAUUUGCCUCUAUGCAUAUCCAAUGGAAGUAACAUUAUUGCGCUAAAUUUUGAACUGGGGUAUGUAAAUUUAAGGUUUACCAAAUAUAAUGUCAGUGAAAAGCUUCUAAAUUAUUCUCCUUUUUCCCUUUCUCACUAUCAUUACACCUAUGGAAGUUACUGUGUACAUACAGAUAGUCUCUUGCCAUUUCCCGGUGACGUUAAGGAUAAGGAUAAAAAGAAGAAAACUGACCAUUGAACUCGCCAAGAAUGUUUCGAACAACUUGAUGAAAGAAAGAGUAUCAGGAGCGAGCAUAUAUGGGUGAACCGGUUAAGAGUUGUGAAUAAAGUGUAGCGUUCACAAUUGAGCAUGAAGAAGUUUGAAGAAACUUCAAUUUUAUUUUGCUUUGAAGUAUGAUUUUCUUUCCAAAUUUUGCAUUGUAAGUUAGUUUUAUACUACUUGGUGUAAGUUUGGUGCAUUGGCCUUUGGAAUUUAUAAGUUAAUUUUGUUGAGAUCUGUAGUUGAAAUUUUUUGAAGUUAAAGUUCUUUAAAAAAACACUAAACUUUCUUUUUUCCUCUCCUUGGGUGUAGGGAGAAAAUAAAUGAUCUUGUUCGGGGAAAUUUACAUAGAUGCUUUUCGUCAAUUUUCUUCUUGUCCUACUAAGAUAUAUGAAUCAAUAUCUUGAUUAAAUGGCUGCAUAUUUUGAUGCCAGAAUCGAGCAUUUUAUUUGUGGUUUCAAGAGCUAUAGAUGAGGUGGUGAAUUCUAAAAUGUUACAUAAAAACCAUUUUAGUGUGAAGGGUAAAAUUGGACCUGCCUUUGACUAAAAAAACUCCAGAGAAAAUGCAUGUUCAAGAUUCCCCCUUAUGAUUAUCAUUUGUCAGCUUACUUUCACAACUCUUUAAUUUUGUCUGCUGUUGCAUGAAGAAACUGUCAUUUUGCUCAUGACUUCUCAAUCAAUUUGGGAAUUUUCUUUUUCUUUUUAUUUUUUUUAACCGAACUCAACUAGAUUUUUAUUGAUUUGUUUGAACCGGCUCAAUCACUUUUUUUUAAUAGAUAAAUUCCUCUAUUUUGUUGUAAGUUAUCUUGUUUCUAUAUACUAAUUGCAAGGGAGAAGUCAAAAAUAUAUCAAUAGACAAGGGCAACGAGGGACCUAAACAAGACUACAAGUAAUCAAGUAUACAUUCAAAGCAAUUUUACUCGGGUGUAAAAAUAUACCAUGGUAUUGGACACAAGCAUAUUAGCUACAUGAUGAUACAUGUUCAUGAUGCAAUUACGACAAAGUGAGAAACCACUAUAUUACAAAAUUGGGUAAACAUGAAGCACAACACAUCAACACAAAUAUACACGUACUUUUUUUUU